CCCGAUGACAUGUUUCUACGCAUGAGCCUUGCUAGCCAAGCAGUUUUAGCCUAUCUUCGUACUGUACGGUCUUUGAUAAAAAUUAAUUGUCGGGCAAAAGCGAAACGUAGCCUAGGUUUAGUUAUCUCUCUAAAUUAUUAUGUUGAUUAUGUGAGUAAUAAAAUGUUUGAAAUUGGCAAUACUUUGCGAUAAAAUAACCAAUAGCUGAAUGACGUCGAUAACUGAUCUAUUUAGCUAGCUAGGCUAGCUUGGUAUUGGGAACAUUUGUAAUGUAACGUUACAGCUAAUCAAUUUGUUGGAGAAAGAAAAUGAUAAUCUAUCCAGUAAAUCUACGAUGAUUGUAGCGAUUGUAGCGUGGAAACCAUGAAAAGAUCUAGAAGUGUUGGUGCGUCUUCACCUUUGAAUGGGAUUGGAAAACAAGAUAGGGACUCCCGGAGGAAGAGGAAGUUGGCGGAGAUCUCUCAGGCCCUGAACGUGACGCCGGUUGAUGUGGCAGUGCUGAGGAGGAUGGCCAUCAGCGAGGGGGGGCUGCUCACUGAUGAGAUCCGCUGUAAAGUGUGGCCAUGGCUGCUCAACGUGCCCACCAACAUCCUGCCUGAGAAACCAGAGGAAGUAGAGCGGGAGAAUAAUAAGGACUAUAACCAGGUGCUGUUGGAUGUCCAGCGUUCCCUUCGAAGAUUCCCUCCUGGCAUGCCAGACGAGCAGCGUGAGGGCCUCCAGGAGGAGCUGAUUGACAUCAUCCUGCGUGUGCUGGGAAGGAACACCCAGCUGCACUACUACCAGGGCUACCAUGACAUCGUGGUCACCUUCCUGCUGGUGCUGGGCGAGCGGCUUGCUACCGCUCUAGUAGAGAAACUCUCCACACACCACCUCAGUUUGUCUCUCCUGUUCCUUUACUGCAGGGACUUUAUGGACCCAACCAUGGACAACACUAAACACAUACUUAACUAUCUGAUGCCAAUCAUCGAGAGGGUCAACCCAGAGGUGCAUGACUUCAUGCAGCAGGCGGAGGUGGGCACCAUCUUUGCCCUUAGCUGGCUCAUCACCUGGUUUGGCCACGUCCUGUCAGAUUUCCGACACGUCGUACGGUUGUAUGACUUCUUCCUGGCCUGCCAUCCCCUGAUGCCAAUCUACUUUGCUGCUGUGAUUGUGCAGUACCGGGAGGAUGAGGUGUUGGACUGUGAGUGUGACAUGGCGUCGGUACACCACCUCCUGUCUCAGAUCCCCCAGGAUCUGCCCUACGAGACGCUCAUCAGCCGUGCAGGAGACCUCUUUGUCCAGUUCCCCCCCUCCGAGCUGGCCAGGGAGGCUGCCCAGCAGUACAGUCAACAGAUGGCGGCCUCCACCUUUAAAGACUUUGAUCUGACCUCGGAGCAGCAGCGGCCGGACAAGGUGCUGCGGAGGCGGCGGAGGGAGAAGCAGGCGCUGGAGGGAGCUGCUGCAGGUGCUAUGGUGGCAACGGCCCAACCAACCGCGGCUCGGCGCUUCGUCCGACUGGCCGUCAUGGGGCUCACUGUGGCCCUGGGGGCAGCCGCCCUCACCCUGGUCAACACGGCCCUGGAGUGGGUGCCCAAACUGGACCUGCACCUCUUCCCCUGAGAGAGAGAGAAGGGGCCUUGUAGGUGAGUGAAGGGGGCUGAUGGCCAUUACAGCAGAAGACAUCCACGAGAAGGAGAGAGAAUAGAGAUCUUUGUGAAGAGAAUAUGGAGUUCUUUUCCACAUUAUUAUGAAGGACGAGAAUGGAACAGAGACUUGAUUGUCCACGUUGUUUUUAAUUUAUAUUUGUUAAUAAAAUAACUGGAUGGUGAUGAAUGUUGUGCUCAGAGAUUAAGCGAUUUCGGUGAUGGCAAGCGACAACUUGUAGCAAAUACUUUGUGUUACUAGGUUGAAGAGUUGUCACUGGGGUCGAAACUGCUGCCAAUGAAGAGCGUGUGUGAGAGAGUGUGGUUGUGUCCAAAAUGUCUCCCUAUGUAGUGCACUGUAUAGGGAAUAGGGUGCCAUUUUAGACGGUCUGUGUGUGUCUGUGCGUGUCUGCGAUCAGGUUCAGGGGUGAGUUAAAUGUCCCUCUGAGCCUCACAUGGGCCAUGUUGGCACAAGGACAGAGAUCCCGCCAGCCCGCCCCUGGCCUGGUCCCCCCCGGCAGAUCAUCAAGUUGAAUCCUCUGCCCUCAACACAUCCCUCUUCCUUUCCUUUCAUUCUGUACCGAGACCAAAUACACAAAUGUCUUAGUCCCAUCUUUGUAUGUUUAGCACUUACUUUUCGAAAGCAUCAUUAUUAUUAUUAUUAUUAUUAUUAUUAUUGUUAAGUAAGUUAUAGGAAAUAUACUUUUUGUACAAACACACCCAUAUUCAACAUUAUAUCAAAUUAAAAUGAAGGAAUCCAUUUGGGUCUUCUGACCUUAUGGAUGACAAUUUGCAUUAGUUAUUUUCCACAGCAUGUCUAAAUUAGGUUAGGUUUCGAAUAGGUUAGCUUUGUGAUCUGCGACAAAGCACUGAUAGCACGCCCAGACAUCCCAUGAGCCUUGGCCUGAGCCCAUGGUUUUAUUGCACAAUAAUGAAGUCCUAUUACAUUGUUUGCACAUCCUGUCCUCACAUUUCAACUAAACUCACUAUACUCACCAAAUGGCCUGGUCGUAGAAAUAACAAGGUUUUUGCACAUUUCAUUUUAAGCAAUGUCGCUUGAGCUUAUUGACUACAGUUGACAUUAUUUGAAUAAUGUGUCGCAUUGGACCUACUCAAAUUUGUUCAACAGAAAUACAUAAGUAGAAUCAUGUGUAGUCGACUCAAUUGCGACACACAGAUACUCAGCGGUGCCUAUUUUGGAUAUCAAACAAUCAAUACAUCAAUAUUAUUAGCCAUGGAUGGUUUUCAUUGCACUGAAAUAGCCUCAUUCUGUAUCAUUGCACUAAAUGGUUUUUAUCUGCCUUUUAUGUUGAAUUAUGUUAUAUUUGUCAUGAGAACAAUACAAAAUGUACAAGAUCAAUGCAAAUAAACUGCAUAGGUUGAGUGGA